AUGGGAAGUGCCUGUGUUCGGUGUGAGCGCCCUUCGCCCUUUAGUUUAACCUUUAAAUUUUCUUGCAUUUCAGAUCGCCUUUAUUUUGCAAUUCUCUGCCAAAAACCAAAGAGUGGAGCCACAAAUACCCAUUAUUUCUGCAUAGAUGAUGAACUUGUAUAUGAGAACUUCUAUGCAGACUUUGGACCACUCAAUCUGGCAAUGGUCUACAGAUACUGCUGCAAGCUAAAUAAGAAAUUAAAGUCAUUUUCAUUGAUAAGGAAGAAAAUAAUUCAUUAUACUGGCUUUGAUCAGAAAAAACAAGCAAAUGCUGCAUUCCUCAUAGGUUCCUACGCAAUAAUAUACCUGAGAGAAUCCCCAGAAGAUGUGUACAGGCUUAUAUUGGCUGGAAGCGUUUCGUAUCUUCCUUUCAGGGAUGCUUCCUUUGGUACUUGCAGUUUUCAUCUGACAUUGCUGGACUGUUUUCAUGCAAUAAACAAGGCUUUGCUAUAUGGUUUCCUGGAUUUCAAUACAUUUGAUGUAAAUGAAUAUGAGCAUUAUGAAAGAGCAGAAAAUGGAGAUUUUAACUGGAUAAUACCAAACAAAUUCAUUGCCUUCAGUGGACCUCAUUCAAGAAGUAAAAUUGAAAAUGGCUAUCCCCACCAUGCUCCAGAGGCUUAUUUCCCAUACUUCAGGAAACAUAAGGUCACCACUAUAAUACGCCUCAACAAAAAGCUUUAUGAUGCCAAACGAUUUACAGAUGCUGGAUUUGAGCAUUUUGACCUCUUCUUUGCUGAUGGAAGCACACCUAGUGAUACUAUAGUUAAAACAUUUCUAAAUAUUUGUGAAAAUGCUGAAGGUGUUAUAGCCGUUCAUUGCAAAGCUGGUCUUGGACGAACUGGCACACUUAUUGCCUGUUAUAUCAUGAAGCAUUAUCGGAUGACAGCUGCUGAAACUAUUGCCUGGAUUAGAAUAAAUAGACCUGGUUCAGUUAUUGGACCACAACAACACUUCCUGAUGGACAAACAGGCAGAACUUUGGACAGAAGGAGAUAUUUUCCGUGCAAAGUUGAAAGGAAGCCGUAAAAUUGCUGUAACAAGAAUUCUGUCAGGAGUAGAUGAUAUUUCAAUAAAUGACACGAGAAACAGGAGAACCAUCCGAAAGGACAUUGAACUGUACAGUGAUGAGGAUGAAACAAACUGUGUAACACAAGGUGAUAAGCUUCGUGCUCUGAAAAGUAGAAGGCAGGCAAAAGCUCCAACUGCAUCUCCGCUAACAGUAAUUCUGCAGUCCAGUGUUCAGAAAACUAAAACCUCUGAACCUAGCAUUUCUGACAGUACAGACAUUACUAAAAGAACUACCAGGUCUGCUGCAAGAAAAAACAGUUUAAAAAGCAGCCAGUCCGUCCCAAGGACUAGAACAGUAUUGCGUUAAAUUUCAAAUAUAAGCAACCAGUGUUGAAGAGGAUAUUGAGGAACAAAGGGGAUAUGACAAGAGGUGACUUGAUGCAAUUCAAGGAAGAUUACUCUGGCUCCAUUUUUCAGCAAAAGUGAAACAGAAGUAUCUCUUCCGUACUUGUAGAAUAAAAUGAACUGUCAACAUGCUUGGUAGAGACUUUCCUAAUGUGCUAACACUUCCUCAAACGAAACCAACAAAAUCUGUGUACAUUUAGACUCAGGUGUAAAUACUUAAGCUCUCUAUUAUAAAGAGGGCUUGCUAGUAUGUAUGAUGCAUGUGUAUAAAUUGUGAUGGCAAUCACUUAGCUGCUGACCACCAGAAAUGAAAAGAUGGUGGGAGCUUUUAAAUAUAUAAAUCUGUGUUGUCUGUUCAGACUGGGCUCAAGUCUCCACUUGAGACUGAAAAUCAACCACAAAAGCUUUUUUCUUAUAGUAUUGGUACUCUCCUGUGUUAAUUGGCUAUUCUUUCUUAUUUUGUAUGAAGUUUUUUAUGAAGCCGCAGUAUUGAGUACACAAAGUAACUAUUGUCCACCAAAGAGUGCUUUAUUUUCAAAGGUUGUGUGGUUUGUUUAUUUUGAAAAAACUAACUAUAAGCAAUUAACUUGUUUUUAAUAGUAAUAGAUUUUUAGUUUUCACAACCAAUGGCUCUUUUAACUAGUUGUAAUUGCUUUAAAUCUGGUAUGAUUUUAAGGGGGAGGAAAAACAGAUUACCAUUUGAAGCAGUGCUGUCAUACUGAAAUGUCAUUACUGUUUCUUUUCCUAUCUUCAAGUCUUUUAGGAGAAACUUUAGAUUACCAUAUCUAAAAGGUAAGAAUUUUUCCCGGAUUUUAUUGGUACACUUGAUAACAUGUGGAUGUCGCUGUUUUUUAGCUUUGAGACACUUAAUGCGUGCAGCACACAAAAAAGGGAAGUUAAGCUUGCUGUACAACUGAGAUCGGUAGUGGAACUCGGGGGCAGGUAUAGUUUUUAACAUCUAAUUAACACUUUAAAAACUACAGCUUACCUCUGUAAAAAGCAGUGUAAUUUUUAGAGGAAUCUGUCUGAGACUGAAAUUUUCAUCCACUACAAGACUGUUUUCAAACACUGGCAGCGUUUUUUCCCUACCACUUCUCACAUUAUGAAAUCUCAAAGCUGGUUUUGCAGUGAUGUACCCUUGUCUGCCAACUGAAGUUUAUAGCUGCAUAUCCCUCAGAUGAGGACUGUUACCACAUAGCCUUAAAUAUGAUACGGUUAUCUGUUGAUUUAGUGACUCUUACAGUAGGAAGUAGAACAAAUGGAGAGAUCUGAAAUGUUAGCGAUGGAAUAACUGAAGUUUUUAAAGAUACAGAUUACCUCUGCAAGGGGGGAGAAUUUUCUUUUUAUGAAUGUAAACGGGUAGGUUCAGUGACUAGUUUCAAUCUACAUUCUUUUAAAUUAAAAUUAAGCUUUCUGUUAGGCUGAUGAUUUUUGAGUGCCAAUAUGAAUAGCCACAUACUGGCUUGAAAACAUUCUGUGGCAAAAGCAUCAUGAGUUGGAGGGGAAGCAGAAUGUGAAGUGUAAGUAAGCUUACAGGUAGCAUCUGUGAAUUUGGAUGGUCAAAAUUUGCAAAUAUGAAUACAAAGAAAACAGAAGAGGCUUGUAUGGUGCAGAAUAAAGGACCAUUGAGGCUCAGACCCCAAAUAUUUUUUGUUUUCCUCUUAAUCUUCACCCUCACCACCAUUUUCUUCUAGGUGAAAAAGCACCUAAAAGAGAGGGACAGAAUUCACCCUGAUACAGUGAUUAAAAACAAAAAAAAAAAAAACAAAUUUUAAAGUAAGCCACUUGCCCAAAAGCUGAAGUACCAGGUAAGCACAAUAGUAGGUAUAUUGUGCAAAUAUGAAUCUGUGUUUAUUUUUGAAGAAAAUUCUUAUCUUGGAAGGCAGAAGGGAUGAAACUAGUGACGUGAGAGGGUGAGAGUCAAAACAAGAAAGAUUCAGUAAUAUUUAUUGUGUUUGGCUUUGCCCUUCUCUCAGCUGAGCUUCCUCUUUUAGCGUCUUGUUUUUAACCUAAAAAUAGUCACUCUAUUUCACACCCCUUUCAAAUUCCAAAUUGGAAUUUGCCUUUUUCAAAGUAACCAGCAGAGCCAUUAGCACUUUCAGGUUCAUCAGAACUAAAUUUGCAUAAAACAAGUGCACAAACACACACAAUAGCAACUCUAGCUAAACCAAAACUGCAUGUUUGGCAUGAAUGUGUUUCAGGAUACCCCUUCCACCACCCAUUAUUGUAGUGAGAAACACAUAAAUGUCAAAGGGAUUUUACGUUUUAACUCUCCAAACAGCCUUAUAUGGAAAAUUAACUCAUUACCUCAUUGUGUCCCAUCUAAUUGUAUUGCUUAGUUUGUUCUUCUGAAUUUUAGUACUUUGUCUAGCAUUGUUAUUAUACCAUACCAAAGCUGUCUUAAGUACAAGAAUGAAGAGAGGGCCUGGGUGAGGGAGUCCUUGGUUUCUAAAUCUUUUUGGAAUUCUGAAGUAUUAUGUGCCAAAAUGGAAUGUGUGGUGGCAGCUGCAUCACCAUUGUACCACAGAGCAGCUGAAGGAAGUUACUUCUGCUGUCGUCAAUUAGGAGUUUUUCCUUAGAAAUUCUUUCCCCUCUUUCAAACACGUGACAGAUGGAUUCUCCCUUGAUCUCUUAUUUAAAGGUAUGCAACAUGCUCAAAAGCUGUAGUAUCUUGGGUCAAAUUGCUGGCUUCCAUUACAGCAUCAAUAACUUAAUUCAGAUGUUAACCCAGACCUUGUCUUUUUGCCUCAGUAUGACAACAGAGGAAGUGCUGCUGAUUUAAAACAAAAAAAUAAGAUUUGUGGAGACUCAUGCGUUAAAAUGGGGAAAAAAAAAAAAAAGAAAAAUGUGAUGUUCACCAGUUUGUUGCACUGCAGUUUUUAUAUUAAUGGUUUGCAGACUGUUUGUCUUGCGUAAACUCAUGUACAGACUAUCAAGAUCUAAAAUUUCUUGACUAAUCAGUACUGUUCAUCCUGAUUAUUUUUAAAUUGUAUAUUUCUAAUCAUAUUUUUUUAACUUGGAUUGACAGAAUGGGAGUUUAUUUUGCUGAAGGUAUUUUUAAGAUAAAGCUUCAUAUUAUCUUGUAAUAUUAAGUAGUUCAAUAUGCAUUUGUGUCUCAUUUGAAAAUACUGCAUAUUGUAUUUGAUUUUAUACAAAAUAUUGAAUAGUAAGAAUUGUAAACAUGAAUUGUGUAA